AUGGAACGGUUCGCAGAGACGACAACAACGUCGCAUUCUUACAGUGAAGGUGCGGAUAAUUUUCUUUCGUUCACAAAAGCUGAAAUUUGCGAAGCAGAACCUCAUUUGGAUUUGUGCAAAGGAGCACGAGCUCACGCGGUUUUACCACUUCAGAGAGACAGUCCGAGCAGUACGAAAUCUGGAGAAUCCGAAAAGCAAGGGUUCAUACCGGAAAACAAUGACGAUGAGAAUCCGUUCGAGGAACUUGGUACAAGGCCUCCUCCUACAUCCACUGGAGAUACAUUCCUUAGGCCUUCCGGCCGAAGGCAUCUGAAGCACUCCAGGCAUUUUAACGAAUACUAUGGCAAUGCGCAUAGAGAUUACUAUCAGCAGCAGCAACGUCCUCAAAACGGACUUUUGUAUAGGGUUUAUCCCGGCCUUCACCCGAAAGAUGGUUCUUUCUGCUCAGAUAUGCGAGGCAUGUUCGCUUAUACUUGCCAGCCCAGUAAACCACUUCGAAUUGAUCUCGUGGAAUUUUGCAAGGACUACUCAGCAUUUUGUAGUGUUCCCAAUUUCCACCGACUUCCUGGUCCUCGAAUGGGACCCCCUCGUGGUGAUGGCUCGAUUGGCCACGUUGACGUAAGUGGGAAGUUUGGUUUUGGGGUUGGUGCAGUGCCAGGAUUGGAUGUUGGCGUUGGUUGGGGCGUUGAUGUUGGUCCAAUUCCAGGAAUGGGAGAAAGCGUUGGAGUUGGUCUUGGAUUGGACCUUGGGAUAAUGGGAUCAAAAUCGCCUGAAGCUUUCCGAAGAGGACAAGAUAAUCCCAACGAGAAGGGCGGCGGUAUUGUUGGAAUAAGCGGUGGUGUCGGCGUCAAGGCUCCAGGAGCAGGCAACGUUGGUGUGGGAUCAGGGAUAGGUGUUGGAAGAAGGAAAUUGCAAAAAAAAACGGUACGACGCAUCAGCAAAAACUUUUUAUUACCCAAAUGUAGAUAUAAAAAAUUCUUUGCUCCGCUCUGGGAAGUUUCCACCACUGUCAGCCACUCUGGGAAGAGCUAA